AUGUCACAGCUGCCUUUUGGAGCUCUAGAGCUCUCACAGAGCCAGGACUUUGAGAGUGACUUUGUGCCCAAUGAAGGAGAUGCCACAUGUCAGGUUCACCCUGGAGCUGCUGGCCCUUCUCCCAGACUUGUGAAGAAUUAUGCUAAAGGUGAGCUGCAAGGGGACAGCACAGAACCUGUCUGCAGCACAGAGGCACAUGCUGCUUUGGAAAGCCAACCACAGAAGUCUGGAAGAACUCUGCAGGAAGCAGAAGAGUGCACCAGGAAACAAAUGCCUGCUUGCAACCCCACUAAAACUGGGCAAUCCCUGGAUUCUGAUAACGAGGAGUUGGAUAUCUUGUCAACUCAGGAAGAGAUGUUUCCUGAGAAUAAUGCAGCAGGGAGCAGCUGCCCCACAGCCAGGGAGGAAGAUGGAGGUUCCCUGGUGUGCACCCCAGCACGCAGCCUGCAGCUCCUGCAGCUCUCUGGACAGGGGCCCCUUGCACAGGAGAGUCAUGCCACUGUCUCUUCAGGCCUAAUUGUUCCUCCUCCCGUUGCCUUUGGAUCUGAUGCCCUUGUCCCCAGCAGUCCUACUGAGCAAGCAAAAGAUGAACAGGUGGAUGUAUCUAUGACUGCAGAAGGUGGAGAGCUGAUCCAGAAGCAGAGAGGAGGUAGCCCAGUGGAGAUGGCCAUCCCAUGUAUCCCACCAGGACCACUUGUCCUGCCACAGGCUUCAACUCCAGUGUCCCAGCAUGCUCCAGACUUCUUUCCUGGAUCUUUACCUAUACCAUCACAACCAGAAUUCUCUCAUGAUAUCUUUAUUCCAACUCCAAGCCCAGCAAAGAAGCAUGAAGGAGAAGGAAAAGCUGCUGCUUUAACCCACUCAUACUUACCAGGAGAUCUCUCUGGACCCACAGAUGCUGUGCUGAAGAUGUCUGCAGGUGACUCUGUGUCACAGCCUUCCGAGUCCUGCCAGCUGGUGCUCUCUGCCAGCGGCUGCAGCCAGCCCACAGACACAGAGCUCAGCUCAGGCUCUCCCAGCACAGCCUACCAGAGAGACACCAACCAGCCAGAGGUGGUUUCUGAGGGCAAGGCCACUGGCUUGAGCCUCUGUUCUGUGGAGAAUGGUGACGUGAAACUGAGGAUGGAUACAGGUGAUCAAGCCUCCUCUGAAAACUAUGAAGAAGCAGAAAAGGAGGAUUUACAGACUGCAGGAAAGCCUGUCGUGCAGUUAGUUAGUGCAGACGUAUCAGGAGAUGGGUUAACAGCCUCUGCAGCUGAUCAGGAGAUGGAGUGUGUUUCUGGAAGUCAGGCUGCUGCAGAUCAGUCUGGUCUGCCUGAGAUUUUGUCAAGCACUCAGGGUAGAGAAGCACCGUCUGAGGAUAAUCCAUUAGCAGAGGCAGCUGAACAUGAGGCCAUUCCUGAGACUCAGUGUGAAGAACAAGAAGAAAAACUGCAAGUAAAAGAGAAGGAAAUAAAUGAAGAUGGGUCCCCUGUUAAUAUAACACUUUCUCAGAGAUUUAUUCUUGAAAGGGAAGAACAGUGUCAUGAAGAUAUGGAAGUGGAAUUUGCUGAUGAUUCUUGUAAAAAUAGCAAAACAUUGUCUGAUCAGGCUGAAGAAUUAGAAAAGAUUGAACCAGAAAGCUGGGGAAAAGAAACUUCAAAAGGUUGUACUUUUGGCACCACCGAGGCAAAGAGCACGGAUAAACUGUCCUUUAAGGCUGCUUCAGAAAACAUGCCAAAGCACAAUAAAGUUUUGUAUGAGCCUUCUGCAGGGGAGUUACUAGGACAGAACAACAAUUCCUUUCCUAAGUUAAAGAGUGAUGCUCCAUCAAAAGUAGUGUUGUGUGCCAAAGAAGAUCCUGGCUGUUCAGAAUCAGCACAGAUAACAAUAACAGAUCAUCAGCCGCCACCUCCAGACACAGGGGUUGACAUGCUGGUGACUCAGCAGGAGAAACAGGUGCCAAAGAACACAGAGGAUACUGUCACAGGAAGGAGUCGGGAGCAAGAAGAGGAGAUGCAGCCACAGGAGAAGGGAACUGCUAAAUCCCCCAGUCCUUUCAGUGGAACCCCGUUUCACUUCAGUUUGCCCAAGGAGGGUGAUGCCAUUCAGGCCUUGACCAGCAUAACCCCACCUCUCAGUGGCCAGCUGAAAAUGGGGCCCAGGAGACACAGCACACCCAUUGAGCCUACAGCCAGUGAUAGGGAAGAUGGAUCUGCUGCUGCUGCCAGCUCCCAGAAAGCAUCAUCUGUGUUUAGUCGUGUCUGUGAAGUUCGUCGAGAGGAUGAGGCCAGAGGUCAUGGUCUUUCCACUUCUCCGUUUAGGGGGAAUCUGUUCAGCUCUCCUGACACACAAGAAGAUGCUGAAUUACAUAAAGAUGCCAGUGUUUGGCAUUACAAGCAACACAAGGCAGACAACAGUGAUGACCAGGUCUUGAUUCCACAGAAGAUGCAGCAGGACUGCCAUCAGCAACCUUCUGGUGCGGGGGAUGGGGAGUCUGUGGAGGCUGGUAUUGUAGACACUCAGAGAGAAGAAGGGAGAAGGGUGCAGAAGAAACCAAGUAAGACUGUGCAAAUUGAUGGAAGCCAAGAGAGGUGGGAAUACACCAGGAAUAAAGAGAUUCAAACUACAGCAGACUUGCUUUUUACCCCAACAACUGUUACAACAGCAACACAAACGUCAGAAGAAAUUUGCAGGCAGGUGGAGGUGGGAACCAGCAUGUGUGGGCAAAGACCUGGGAGACAAGAUGCACAUGUCCAGACUGAGGAGAGUGGGGAGAAGCUUGUGAAUGCCUCUGGAGAGGGCAUGGACUCUCUGCACAGUCAGGGAGAGGAGGAGUUUAACCUGCCCCCCGCCAAGGGCCGGGUCCGGCACCGCCACACGCGGACCAUCCGGGAGGUGCGCACCGUGGUCACCCGUGUGAUCACAGAUGUGUUCUACAUCAAUGGGGCAGAAGUGGAACGCAAUGUAGUUGAGGAAACUGAGGAGCCUGUAGUGGAGUGCCAGGAGUGUGAGACUGACACAUCCUCCUCUAGAACUGCAGUGGGCUCAUCACUGACCUCAGGGGAUCUUGGUGAUGUCAGCUCCUUCUCAUCUAAGGCCUCAAGCCUCCAUCGCACCUCGAGUGGAGCAAGCAGUGGUCACUCUGCCACACACAGCAGCAGCAGUUCAGGGCGAGGAACUGGAGCUGCCAAAGGAAAAGUGUGUGGGACAGAAACUGGAGAAUUUGCUUUACCUGUUGGCAGAGGCAUCUUAGGAAAAUCAAGCCCUAGGAAAGGAGCAAGUCAGCCAGCAUCCCCGCUCAGAGUUAACCAGGCAGGAGCACUGCCAUGUGAGGAGGAGGAGGAUGCUCUGCCUGGCACCCGCCUGGGUGGCAGAGCACCUGGGACACCUCGUGGACGAGGAAGAAGAGGCCGCCCACCAUCUCGAACAGCAGGAACAAGAGAUGUAACAGGACUGCCUGGUGUUGAGGAUCUCUCAACUACAGCAUCACCUGAGGAGAAAUCAUUUACUCGCUCAAUUCGCCUGGCAGAUGGAGGGGAGAAAUCUGACACUUCUGGCUUCUGUGCCUUGCGCCGAAGUGACUCUCCAGAAAUCCCACUGCAAGGGGUGACUGGGUCUUUGGACUGCACAGACUCAUCCUCUGGGAACAGCUUUGUGGGCCUCAGGGUUGUAGCAAAGUGGUCCUCAAAUGGGUACUUCUAUUCCGGGAUGAUCACCCAGGAUGUAGGGGCAGGAAAGUACAAGCUGCUCUUUGAUGAUGGAUAUGAAUGUGAUGUGCUAGGAAAAGAUAUUUUACUCUGUGAUCCCAUCCCACUGGAGACUGAGGUGACUGCACUAUCAGAGGAUGAGUACUUUAGUGCAGGUGUGGUGAAGGGACACCGGAAGGAGUCUGGGGAGCUUUACUACUGCAUUGAAAAGGAAGGCCAGAGGAAGUGGUACAAACGAAUGGCUGUUAUCCUGUCUCUGGAUCAAGGAAAUAAGCUCCGGGAGCAGUUUGGGCUGGGUCCUUAUGAACCUGUCACGCCCUUGACCAAAGCAGCUGACAUCAGUCUGGAUAACCUUGUGGAGGGGAAGCGGAAGCGACGCAGUAACCUUGGUUCUCCCAGCACUUCCAGCAGCAGCACAACUCCCACUCGUAAAGGGCAGGAGAGUCCACGUGUCCCACCGGGCACACUGUCUGGGAAAAGGAAACUUGUUGCUUCUGAAGAUGAGAGAUCCCCAGCUAAACGUGGCCGCAAGUCAGCAACGAUGAAGCCUGGGUCUGUGAGAGCCGGAGAGUUUGUAAGCACCUGUGAGGGUGUAGAAGCUGUAGAUCCCCCAGUACUGGAGGACCAUCAUGGACCCUUGCCUCACAAUAAGACCCUCUUUCUGGGCUAUGCCUUUCUUCUCACUAUGGCAACACCCAGUGACAAGAUUCCCAAUCACCAGAAGCCAUCAGAUGGUCCUGCAGGGAGCAGUGAGGAGGAAGAAGAAUUUUUACCUGUGACUCCCUAUGACAAACAUUUCAUAGCACAGCAGUUGCGGGCAGGAGCUGGCUACAUCCUGGAAGACUUCAAUGAAACCCAGUGUAAUGCAGCCUAUCAGUGUCUUUUAAUCGCUGACCAGCACUGUCGAACCCGGAAGUACUUGCUGUGCCUUGCCAGGGGGAUCCCUUGUGUGUCUCACCUCUGGGUCCAUGAUAGCUGCCAUGCUAACCAGCUUCAGAAUUACAGGAAUUACCUUUUGCCAGCUGGUUAUAGCCUCCAGGAGCAAAAGCUGCUAGAAUGGCACCCACGAGAAAACCCAUUCCAUAACCUGAAGGUGCUCCUGGUGUCAGACCAGCAGCAGAACUUCCUGGAUCUGUGGUCUGAAAUCCUCAUGACAGGGGGAGCAGCAUCUGUUAAACAGCAUUUCUCAAAUGCUCACAACAAAGAUAUUGCUUUGGGUGUUUAUGACGCGGUGGUGACUGAUUCUUCCUGCCCAGCUGGUGUCUUGAAGUGUGCAGAAGCUUUACGGCUGCCUGUUGUCUCACAGGAGUGGGUGAUCCAGAGCCUGAUUGCUGGGGAGAGAGUAGGAUACAACAAGCAUCCCAAAUACAAACAUGACUACAUCCCCCACUGAACUCAAACUUUGCCCUGCUGUUGUGCAGACUGUGUUUUAAUCAGGUUUUAAAUGUUUGUGUAACUGGACAGUGUGCAUGGAUUACUGUAUAUAGUUUUAUCUGCUAGACUUUUAUGAUGAAAUAAAUGUUCAAUCUCUUGUGGU